AUGGAAAAUGAAUUUCAAUUCAUACCUCGAGAUCAACACUCCUUAGUUGAGCAUACCUAUGCUCCGAUGAGGACAGGCGUUCCCCUACUGUUGAGUGUGAACAUGAAGGACAGGCUGAAGUACUCGAUGAUUCAUCUUUAUUGAACAACGGUAUGUAUUGCAGCCUAAGACAAAAAAUAAAUCAAACAAAGGCGAAGAGAAAAUUAUGGCCCCGUUCAAUAAACUCGUCCAAAUAAUAGAAAAACAGUGCGGAAAUACAAAUAAACCCAAAACAAUUGCACAGAAUUAUGGGUCCAUGUUAGGAGAAGGGUUGGACCAAUUACUUCAACCAGAACAAAGUUUGUGCAUAUGUGAAAUGGAACAAGGCUUGGGGAAGAUGUGUGCGGACUUUGUGGAAUAAAAAUAUUUGUAAUAUUGAAACCAGCACUAGUUUAAACAAAAUGGCAGCCUGUGCCCGUGGUAUUGCGAAUGCACCAUAAAGAGUGAUUUUCCAGCAACAUGCUGGGCCAUUUAAAAAAUAUAAAACAGACACUUUUUCUGUAAAUACUAGUAAGGUUGUACCUCCAAAAAGACAUAUUAUUAAUAAAGCCUUUUUAAAGGUGUUUGAAGAAGAUGGAGAAUAAUCCAGUAAAUUAUUAGAAUACUCAUUAGUUAUUCAGAUUUUUCUGAUGCAUUUAAAAAUGCUUUAUUUGUAAUGUUAAAUUCCUUUAUUCAUGAUGUAUAAACAAAAACAUAUCUUGUAUUCAUUAAUUUGUAUGUUGUAUUAAUUCAUUUAUAUUUUGUAUUGUAUAUUUGAACCUAAAAAUAUUUAUUUGUUCAUUAAUAGAAUUUCUAUUUUGUAUAAUAAUAACAAAGUUAAGAUAUAAAGAUUAAUUUUCUAGCAAC